ACGCAGGAACGCCAACAUCCUGCUCCUAUUGGUUAGUUGCCGCGUUAAUUAGUAAGAAUAACCAGCUGUAAACUAUUUAGUAAGGAGGGUUGUUUGUUUGGCGGCUGGCUCAAAAUACAGAGGAUGGACUCGACACGUAAUGGAAGCAUCUGUAGACAUUUCCUAAAUGGUUAUUGCAGAUUUGGUCCUAGAUGUAAGUACCGACAUGAGUGGACUGUCAUGCCAUCAUCCCAAAUAUGUAGGUACUUUCAGAAAGGUGGAUGCUGGUAUGGCGAGCGCUGCAGGUAUCUCCAUAUCCUGCAGCCUGAAGUUGGGACAGCUGUUACUGGUAGAAGGGGUUCAGUGCCUGCUGUCUCAUCCAGUGUGGCUCACGCUCCAUCUAUAAGAAGAGGGUCGGAACCAGCUCUUCUGCGCACUGUUGCGAUGUCCAGGCAGGAAUGCAAUGGUUUAGAGUCUGCAAAUACUCAGCAUGAUGUUGGGCACCUACCUGAAGAUAUUGCAGAGGAGCAGUCACAAGAAACUGAUUUGGAGUCUGUUCAGAGCUCAGAGAAUGCCCUAGCAAAUGCCAGCCAUGGGAAAGAUGAGGGGACCUCAUCUAAAACACGAGUAGAUGGGGCUGCUGCUGCGGUGGCGUCUAGUCCUAAAAGUAAAUCGGAGGAAAUGGAGGCUGUCCUGCAGAGUAAGGACGUGACCUGUGGCAUCUGCAUGGACAAGGUCUAUGAAAAGCCGGAUGAGAGGGGCCAAGUUUUUGGGAUCUUGCCAAACUGCAAUCAUCCCUUCUGUUUAGAAUGCAUCAUGACCUGGAGGAAAUCAAAAGAUUUUGGGCCAGAUGUUGUAAGGACCUGCCCACAAUGCCGAGUACGAUCUGCCUUUUAUGUGCCAAACAAAUACUGGGUUGAAGGUCCUGCAAAGGAAAGUGUUAUUGCUGCAUUCAAGAAGAAAGCCAGUAAGAAGACAUGCUGUUUCUAUGACCGAAAUGGAUGUUGUCCCUUUAAAACGGAGUGCCUUUAUCGACAUGUUGAACGUCCAAAUCGUGUAGCAUUUUCAUAUGUCUCUGAUGAUGAAGAUGAGCUAGACCUGCUCAGAUUUUUCAUAACCAUGACUCUCCUUGGUGGCGACGACGAUACCGAUGAUGAGGAUUUUUCCUUUUAUCUGUCUGAGGAGUAUGGCAUGUGAGCCUCCUUUGCUCUGACAUUGUGUGAAACGCUGAAUGUGGCUGUGAAAAUUAAUAGUCCCCAGAAAAGUCAAAAUACAUGGCUGUAUUUGGACUAUUCUGUCCUCUUGAAACUUGUAUUAUAACAACCUUUUUUAGAAGCCUUUUAUCAAGAUCAGGGUUAUCAGUCAUAGCUCACAGAGAACCAAGUGUGUUCAGGUCUUUGAAUUGGUCACACUGCAGCAGAUAAUCUCUUGAGCUCUCCUACAACCAUAAAGAAACUAACUGUGAAAUUAUGUUCUUUGGUGUGGUAAGAAAUGCAUGUUGACACUUGGUUCUUCACAUCACAGUUUGACAUUUGAUGCAAGUGUCUGAUUCCUCCCUGAUCUUCUAGUUCACAUGUUGGGGUUUAUUUAAUCCUACCACAGCUUUAGCGUUUCAAGCAUAUUGAUCUUCCUCCUUUUGCCUCUACUGAGAUUUAAUGAGUUCUCACUUUGGAUUUGUGCCCCACUAAUUAAGGCAAUUGGUAUUUUUUAAAGUGUUUAUGGAUGGUUGUUUUAUUUGCUUGACGUUGGUGUACUGUACCCCCUCCUUGCUAAUGUCCCCAAACUGACUCCUGUUUAAAAUAACUGUCAUGACCUUUUUUUUUUUUUUUUUCUGUUUUGUUUUUCAUGAACUUCAAGAAUAUAAAAUAUUAGGAUUUUAUUUCUUUUAAACAAGUUGUACCUGUACACUGAAAAUAAAAAUGUUUCACACUUUGUCUCACUAAAUAGGUGUUGGUUU